AGUGGACGUUAAAACCAAUAACAGUUUACCACAGGCAAUCGUUGGUUGUGGUUGUUCAAAGCUGUUGACCAACUCGAAACGGCAACAGGAAAAUUAACAAACAAAAAGUUAAUUAAGAAAUAAAGUGGCAAAAAAAGUUUUUUCUUUACCCACCACCAUGAGACAUCCAUUCACCUACUUGGCCCUUGUUAUAUUGGGCUUAAGCUGGUUUUCCUGCUGCUCUGAAGCCGCCAUUAUAGACAACAGCUAUAAUUAUUAUCGUCUACCCACUUCCAUACAACCGGAUCGUUAUAAAUUGAAAGUUAUAACUCAUUUAGAGAAUCCAGCCAAUUUAACUUUUGAUGGUCAAGUUUCCAUACGUUUCAAGGUGCUACAGGACACCACCAAUAUUACUUUACAUUCGCAAAAUUUAACUGUAGAUGAAUCGCGUAUAAAGCUGAAGAGUUAUGAUGAUGAUCAGAAAAUGGAUUGUUUAUUGUCGGUGACUCAGGUCCCGGAACAGGAUUAUUUUAUUAUACAAUUGUGUCAGACACUGCGCAAGGGUCAAAACUAUAAAUUGAAAUUGUAUUUUAACGGUAUUUUGAAUGAGAAAUUACAUGGUUACUAUCGUAGUUCCUAUGUCGUAAAGGAGACCAAUGAGACCAGGUGGCUUUCGGUUACCCAAUUUGAACCUGCCCAUGCUCGUGCCGCUUUUCCUUGCUUGGAUGAACCUGAAUAUAAAGCCAAGUUUGUUAUAUGGCUGGGUCAUCAUAAAACUUUAACAGCUCUAAGUAAUAUGCCCUUAGAAAAGCAGGCACCAAUAACUGGUCUCAACGAUUUCGUCUGGAGUAUAUUUGAAGAAUCUGUACCCAUGUCCACCUAUUUGGUAGCCUAUACCGUCAACGAUUUUGCCUACAAACAGUCCGAACCAAAUGCGGAAUCAAACAAUAAUAUAAUGUUCCGUACAUGGGCUAGACCUGAAGCUAUUGAUCAAUGUAAUUAUGCCAGUGAAGUUGGACCGAAAGUUUUGAAAUACUACGAAGAUAUAUUCGGUAUACCAUUCCCUCUUAAGAAGGUAGAUGAAAUUGCCGUACCCGAUUUUAGUGCAGGCGCUAUGGAAAAUUGGGGUUUAGUAACAUAUCGUGAAACGGCUCUACUCUUUGCACCCAAUGUUUCUUCCAACUCUAAUAAGUUGCGCAUUGCUCAGGUCAUAGCUCAUGAAUUGGCUCAUCAAUGGUUUGGCAAUUUGGUAACCAUGAAAUGGUGGACUGAUUUGUGGUUGAAUGAGGGUUUUGCCACCUAUGUGGCCAGUUUGGGGGUUCAACAUUUAAGUCCCGAAUGGGAAUCUUAUAAUGAGGAAUCAUUAGAGAAUACUUUGGCUAUUUUCCGUAGAGAUGCUCAGCUAUCCAGUCAUCCAAUAUCGCAACCUAUUUUGAAUACCAGUCAGAUAGGAGAAAGAUUUGAUUCGAUUUCCUAUAAAAAGGGUUCGGCUGUUUUGAGAAUGUUGCAUUCCAUCUUGGAGGAACAGGCUUUCUUUGAGGGUGUUAGCGAUUAUCUUAAGAAACAUAAAUACUCGAAUGCUGAACAAGAUGACUUAUGGGCCGCUUUCACCGAAAAAGCUCAUAGUUACGAGCGCAUACAAAAUGAAUACGAUAUGAAGACUAUAAUGGAUUCUUGGACUUUACAAACCGGUUAUCCUUUGGUUAAAGUAACACGUGAUUAUUACAGUGGAGCGGUGGAAAUUUCUCAACACAGAUUUUUGGAAAAUAAAACUCUAACGGAACAACAAAUUUCGGAUAAGGAACAAUGCUGGUGGGUACCUCUUAGCUAUACUACGGCCUCGGUUAAGAACUUUAAAACUACCACACCACAAAAUUGGUUGGAAUGUAAUGCAGAGGGUAAAAGUAAGAAUUUACGUCUGGACAAUUUGGCCAAGAAGGAUGAGUGGGUGCUUUUCAAUAUCCAAUUGUCGGGUGUUUAUCGUGUUAUGUACGAUAUUGAAAAUUGGGGUUUGUUAAAUGAGACUUUGAAUAGUAAAGAUUUUACUAAUAUUCAUAUUAUGAAUCGUGCUCAAUUGAUUGAUGAUGUGAUUUGGUUGGCCUGGAGUGGUUAUCAUGAUUACGAUAUUACUUUUGAUCUGUUGGAAUAUUUGAUACAAGAACGAGAAUAUUUACCCUGGAGAGCUGCUUUGGAGGGUCUCAGCAGUGUGAAUAGAUUGUUGAAGCCAUUUGAUGCCAAUUAUGAAUUGUUUAAGCGUUAUAUGCGUUAUAUUAUCAAACCGGUCUACUAUUACUUGGGUGGAGUAAAUGCCACAACUUUUGAGGACUCUUCUUCAUUUACCAAGGUCUUGCACAAGUCCCUUAUAGCCGGCUGGGCUUGUCGUUUGGAAAUGGAAGAUUGUGUACAAAACUCCAUUAAAUAUUUCCAGCAAUGGAAGACCUCACGCAAUCCCAAUACCGAAAAUAAUAUACCCGUAGAUCUAAGACCUACUGUAUAUUGUACAGCUAUACGUCAUGGCAGCCACGAUGAUUGGCAAUUCUUAUGGCAACGCUAUAAGGAAUCAAAUGUGGCUACGGAAAAACGUACCAUUAUCUUCUCUCUAGCCUGUUCUCGUGAUACCAAAACUCUGGUUAACUAUGUGGAUAUGACUUAUGAUAAGACGGGUCAUAUACGCAAACAAGAUGCUACUUAUGCCUUCAGUUCCGUGGCACGUAAUGAAGUUGGUUUCCCUCUAGCUAAACAAUAUUUUAUGGAAAAUAUUGAUAAACUAAAUGAUUAUUAUGGUCCCUAUUCCAACGAUUUGGGUCAUUUAUUGUCACCUUUAGCCAGCCAAAUCAUUAGCUCAGAAGAUCUCAAUAAACUUUCCUCGCUGAUCGAGUCCAAAAAGGAACUCUUUAAGAAAUCCGAAAAGAGUGUACAAAGCGCUUUCGAAACUAUUAAUUUCAAUCUUCAAUGGAUUGAACACAAUGUACGCGAUACUAAAUCACGUCUACAAUCACGUUUAACUUUUAUGGAUUUCCUUAAAACCGAUGAAGAGGCUUAAGGCAUCAUAAUAAUAUAGAGUAAAUUCCAUGUGUGUGAUGUUGCUUGUGAGCUGUAUGAUGGUAUAUUCCCUAUUUGGGUUUUAUUAGUUUAUUAAUAAAAUAAAAUCAACAUCAGCCCAGUUAUUUUAAUUCUACUAAUUCUAAGAAUUACUUAAACAUAUAUUUUUUAUGAUUUUAUAGCGAUUUUUUAUGUAUGUAUAUGAUCAGCCCAUAUUAGAAGUGAUGUAUUUUUGUCAUUGUCAUUAUUAUAUUUUUUUAUUUCCAAAAUACUGUAAUUGUUUUUAACAAUAAAUGUAUAUUUAUAUG